CCACCUCACACACCCAACACCACGACAUCCACAACUCCUCGCGCGAAACUCACACCUACAUCUCCUCCCUCAAAAUCCUUCAACACACACACAAACAAUCAUGAACCACCUCCCACAAGCCUGGGGCCGUCCCCGAGACGACGUCUAUGGCGCCUACGACGCCAGCUACCUCUCUCAAGCCGGUCCAUCGCAGCACACCCAACAGCCCAUCGUGACCGGAACCUCAGUCAUCGGGCUUAAAUUCAAAGACGGCGUCGUCAUCGCCGCUGACAAUCUUGCCUCCUACGGCUCCCUCGCACGCUUCACAAACGUCAAGCGCCUCCGCGCCUUCUCCUCCUCCGGCCCCCCCACCGCCGUAAUCGGCUUCGGCGGCGACGUCUCCGACAUGCAAUACCUCGACCGCCUCCUCCAAUCCCUCUCCAUCGAAGAAGCCUAUUCGUCCAGCGGCCACGGCCUCACCGCCGAAAACGUGCACACCUACCUCUCCAAAGUCCUCUACAAGCGCCGCUCCGACUUCAACCCCCUGUGGAACCACCUCCUGGUCGCCGGGCUCGACGGCGCCGACGCGCCAUUCUUGGCGUCUGCGGACUUGCUGGGAACGACGUUCUCGGCACCUUGUCUGGCGACGGGGUUUGGUGCCCAUCUCGCGGUGCCGUUGUUGAGGAAGGUGGCGAAGAGUGAGGAGGCUGUGAAGGAGUUAACGGAGGAGGAGGCGGUAAGGGCGGUGAAGGAGUGCUUGAAGGUGUUGUAUUAUAGGGAUGCGAGGAGUACGGAUCGGUAUAGUAUUGCGGUGGUGAAGAAGGGGGGGGUGGAGAUGAAGGAGGAUGAGGUGCUCGAGGGGCAGAGCUGGAAGUUUGCGGAGGGGAUUAGGGGGUAUGGACGUACAACUGAGUAGAAGAGGGAUGGGAGAUGGGGGUGAGUAAGAUAGUUAUGGUGUGGCAAUGGGAUGGAGUUAGGGAUCGGCAGCUAGAGAAUAAAGUGUGGUUAUAAUACAGUUGCACUGUUGUGAUAUUCGUGUUGCCUGAAGUUUGGAUUGGG